AUGACUUUAGCAAGAAUGAUGUUGCAGGGUGAAGUUGGUUUUCCUGGAUUACCUGGUAUGCCUGGUGAUGAAGGUUUAACUGGCCUACCGGGAAUACCGGGUGUCAAAGGUAUGCGUGGCAGUGCAGGUGCGCCAGGUGCACCCGGUGCAGAUGGUCGUCCUGGUCUUGCUGGUGCACGUGGUGAAGAAGGACGUCCAGGAUUACCGGGGGCAGCAGGAACUGGUGUCCAAGGUCCACCUGGUGAUGCAGGUUAUCCUGGAUUAGAUGGCAAACCGGGUCUACCUGGCCGAAAAGGAGAACGAGGUUUGGAUGGGCUACCGGGUCUGCCAGGUGCACCGGGCAUGCGAGGCGUUGAUGGUUCUCCGGGUUAUGUUGGCGAGAAAGGUAUCGCUGGAAUCCCAGGAAAACCAGGUUCUCGUGGUGAUGAUGGAUUACCGGGUAUCCCAGGAUUGCCGGGACCAGUGGGUCCACCUGGAAGAGUCGGUCUUCCUGGAAGGCCUGCUGCUUACAAUAAAUAUCUGCACUCACCAAAAGGCGAACGCGGUGAUCCUGGACCACCGGGACAGAAAGGAUACCCAGGAGAAGUUGGAAGUCCAGGAUAUGAUGGAGCUCGGGGACUCCCAGGUGCACCAGGUCGGGACGGUUUUCCAGGUGCUAAGGGCGAGAGAGGUGUUGAUGGUUUGCCGGGAAUACCAGGAAGAGAUGGAGCACCGGGAUAUCUGGGAGAGCGCGGAGUACCGGGUGCACCAGGUGUAGCGGGAUAUCCUGGCAAUGAAGGAAAGCCAGGACUACCAGGGCUUCCAGGACUUAAAGGUUCUCGUGGUGAUGAUGGAUUACCGGGUAUCCCAGGACUACCAGGGCCAGUAGGUCCACCUGGAAGAGUCGGUCUUCCUGGAAGGCCUGCUGCUUACAAUAAAUAUCUGCACUCACCAAAAGGUGAACGCGGUGAUCCUGGACCACCGGGACAGAAAGGAUAUCCAGGAGAAGUUGGAAGUCCAGGGCUACAAGGACCGCCAGGACCUGCAGGAUUUCCGGGACUACCGGGACCGCCGGGAAAUCCCGGCUUGCCUGGCUACCGUGGUGCUAAAGGUGAAAUGGGAGUUAAUGGAUUACCGGGUGCAGCCGGUCGAGUUGGACAGCCAGGCCCUCCAGGACAGCCUGGAUACCCCGGGCCACCAGGUGGUUGGGCACCUUCACGCGGCUUCACAUUUGCAAGGCAUUCACAGACAACCGAAAUACCGCAGUGUCCAGCUGGAUCGCAAAUGUUAUGGACUGGUCAGCCAGGAUCAUGUUUAUCGAAAUUCAGCCCGAUGCCAUUCAUGUUCUGUAAUUUGAACAGCGUAUGCCAUGUUUCCAGCAGAAAUGACUAUUCGUUCUGGCUUUCCACUGCUGAACCAAUGACGCUAAUGAUGAAUCCGGUAUCUGGCUUAGCAAUUCGGCCGUACAUAUCACGAUGUGCGGUGUGCGAGGUGCCAACACAAAUUCUGGCGGUGCAUUCGCAAGAUUCCAAUGUGCCGCAGUGUCCACGAGGAUGGUCACCACUCUACUCCGGAUACUCGUUUGUCAUGCAUACCGCAGCGGGUGCCGAAGGAACAGGACAAAAUCUCGAAUCACCGGGAAGUUGUUUGGAGGAGUUCCGAGCUGUACCAUUUAUUGAAUGUCAUGGCCGAGGAACGUGUAAUCACUAUGCAACGAACCAUGGCUUCUGGUUAGCCAUCAUUGAUAAG